AAGUACUUAUACAGAAUUUUAUUAAAAUAAAACCAUUUAAACUGGGUGUUCGGAUUUAUAUGUCACGGAUAUCUUGCUGCCAGAGGAAAAUUCAGCCACCCAUUUGUAUUCAUCAUCGCACUACAGUUCCGAGCCUACUAGAAAUCCACCCUGUUCUACCCAUCAGGCCGGCGCAGUCGCGGAACACCCGAAUCAUCCCCCAAGUCAAGCCGUUCACGUUUUCCUACAGUACGCCGCUAUUCCCAACUCCGUCUCGAGGCACGAUUUCAAUUUCCUCCCGGUGUUCUACUGUGUAA